ACUAUGCAGUCAUCCAGUCAAGGUUAUCAGGGUUAUCAGGUCCAAGGGUACCCUUACGUGAAGCCGGUGGUGAUUGACGUCCCGACCAUCGAUGCGGAGACAGCCUCCAAAUGGAACAACCUGCCACGAAGACCCGUUGGACAGAGCCAGUACGGCCAAGGAUCCUCGCGAAGAGAUGACUUGGAAGCCAACAAUGUGGUCUAUAUUGAUCUCCCGGAGGCAGGGAGUCAGGUGUCGCAGAGCAUGGGCACCCCGGGAAGCGAGGAGGCUUCGUAUAACCAAACUCCUCAAUCGUCCAGCCAAAAUCGACAGGCGUACCAAGUACAAGGAUAUCCGUAUGUGAGGCCAAUGAUCAUCGAUGUCCCGACCAUCGACGCGGAGACAGCCUCCCGUUGGAACAACCUGCCCCGGAGACCAGUAGGACAGGGGACAAGCCGCGGGCAAGGACCAAGCACUUCCGCCAGUAGUUCUCAGUAUAACUCCCAACAAUCAUCAUCUCGCAACCCGUUACCUCAGAAAGACGACAUUGACGACGCUCCAGUUGUCUACAUAGAUCUACCUGAGAACGGAAGCCAAGUAUCUCAAAGUAUUGACACUCCUGGGAGCGAUGAACCGGAAUUUAUACAGAAUACGAUUCUAUACGACCCCUUCGAGAAUAGGCGUAUCGAUAUACCUAAAGAUGAUGCUCGUUCAAUGAGCUCAACAGCUUCAGAGUCAACUCAAUCUGGGAGGUACACGCCACAGCAGCGUCCUCCAAGACCUAAUUAUCUGAAUUUGCAGACCCCUGGGAGUUCUGCAACACAAUCACCAUCAUCAGCUUCAAGAACACCAGGUUCAGUUCCCGGUGCAGUACCACCCUUCAUGUCCAAGGAAAGCCUCGUCUACGGAGGCCAAGGGCCGGAUGGGUUUCCAAUAUCCCCUAUACCUAUAUCGGAGUUCCCCGAGCCACCUCCAGCGUACACUGAAACUGCUACUCCAAGGUCACCCACGACCUCAGUUCAGGAGCCUCCAAGGACCCAAGUUAUUUUACCAAUAGAUGCAACAGCACAAUAUUCUCCGACGGGUUUACCUAACAUGGACAGAAAGAACCUUACAUGCCCGCACUGUGGCGUAAGAGUCCAAACCUUGGUCAUUCGCGAAGUGGGGUACUUCACCCACUUCGUAGCACUACUGUCUUUUAUAAUAUUUAUGCCAUUCGUGAUUGUCGUUUAUUGCACAGACUGGUUCAAACAUUACAACCACUACUGUCCCAAUUGCAAUAAGUUUAUUGGAUACGAAUUACCCCUCGUUGGAAGAGGAGAUGUCGUUCUGACAACUUGACAGAAGACCAUCGGGACACAAAAGAAAA